AUGACGUCUCGGUCGUCACCAAUAUAUCUCAUCUUCGUCUUUUUUGCUAUAGCGACAGAAUUUGGUCACGGAUAUACUAUCUUCUUCCGAGAACAUAAUCUAGAAGCCGAUAAUUUCCAAACUCAUGACGUCGUCGACGGCCAUCCGGACGUUUGUUACGAUGUCACCUCCAAACACCCAAUACCCGAUAUUGAGGGUGUAGGUUUGAUAAACGGAGCUAAAGCAGGGGUCUUCGUUCAAGAAACUGUCAACCUCCCUGGGUACGAGGCACAAGCCCCCGAAAAUCUGCAAGCGAUAGCUUUGUACCAGGGAGCCGAGAAUUUUGAUUGCAUUGGGCACCCGGAUGCCAUCAUCCGUUUUCAUGACUCGCAAGAUCCACGGCAAACUUCUGUGCAGUAUGUAAAUCUAGGGAAGACAAAUCCCCCACUUGCGGGUCGGUAUAGGUUCUGGAAACCUAUUAUUCCAGCUGACCAGGAUUGGGUACCAACCGUAGUACCAGACUAUGGCACUGGAUACGUGCUUAUACGCACUGGAUCAAGAUAUCGGAGACCUGCAUAUACCGAUGAUAACAAUAAUAUGUUGGUUUCGUGGAGAGACUUCGACAGUUACUUGGAGGCAUGGAUGUAUCUAGAAUCAGCCGCUGCACUGAGGGAAGGAGAUAAUCAACCUCGAAACCAGGGACAGAAUCAGAACUUUAAUUCUUUAAGAGAUAUUGCAAACCAGGGUCUCAAUCUUGAAUCAUCUGAUCGCCUAGAUCUAGAUCUAGACCAGUUUCCACAAAGCAACAGCGCACCGUCUAGCUUUGAGUCCGCUGUUCGACAAACAGGCAACAGUCCGCAGAUUAAAGAGGAAGACUUAGAUGAAAUUCAGAUUAAGCAAGAAGCGGAAGAGCUUGUUAAGGUCGAAGAUGUCAGCCAGCCUCCUUUCAAUCAACGUCCGAGCGCAAAUAUAGCACCCCAACCUAACCAGCAGGAGAACGUUCAGGUCCCAGUCUUCCAAUCUGGAAAUAACAACUUAAACCCUGACGAACUUGAUAUACCAGUACUUCAGGCGCAACAACAAAGGAACCCCUACGCCAGGCCGACGACUGCAGAAGUAGGAACUCAGACUGAACCUCAACCGCCAAAAAUACGCAUCCAUCCAGAGGGCACAGUAGAUAGUUUUCCAGAACAAAACGAAUUCCAUGUGCCCGAAGCGCGCAGACCAGCUGGGAAGGUUACCGGACGUAAGCCGGUCGACCAAGUGGUUAGCCUACUACAGCAACGUCCUGGUUUAAUCCAAAACACUAUAGAAAGCUACCUAGAGAGAGUAGCUACACCUGAUACCGAAAUCAUUGAGACGGCCAAGAAAAUGAUUUCUAAUAUCCCAUACGCGCCUGGGACAAUCGAAUACGAAAUGGAAGCAGCUCGCAUUCUCGCUGAAAAAGAAGAAGCCCAGCUACGUGCGCUGAGGGCUAGAGUCAACCAACCGCUUACUGACCCAACUUUGGAUGAUGAUACCUCUAGAGCUCUUGUGGAGAUGGGGAAUAUGUAUCUUUUGUGGGACCAACAAGAAAAAAACAUUGAGCGAGUUUUGCUAUCUCGUAAUCUAGACAAUAUCGACCCUAUGGAUCCCAACUUGGCGAGGUCCCUCACUAGGGCGCAAAUUAAUUCACUGAGUCCGGAUGAUGCGCUAGGUUUUUAUCUAGCAGUAAACCCUAAUCGUUUAGCCGAGCUGAGAGCCAAACAAGCGUUACAAGCACAAGAAUUACAGAUGCAGACACGAGCACAGGCACAGGCACAAGCACAAGCACAAGGCCAACAAGGACAAAGAAUGGAGGAGGAAGACGAAGACGAUAACCUUUUCGCAGAGUAA